UCCGGUGGAGACGUGGCUCUGUGCUGCUGCCAUAUUGACGCUAGCUAGCUACCAAUCAUACUACCAGAAGUCAGCUGCACACUCGCACUUUGUUAUUCCAGAGUGGUUAUAAGUCCCCUUAAAGAAGAACACGCGAGAGACAGAAGACCUUUGUAACAUAGAGAGAGACCAAAAUGGUGCUGUUGGCAGCGGCGGUGUGCACCAAGGCCGGCAAGGCCAUUGUUUCGCGGCAGUUUGUGGAAAUGACUCGGACGCGCAUUGAGGGUCUCCUGGCCGCAUUCCCUAAACUGAUGAACACGGGAAAGCAGCACACCUUUGUGGAAACAGACAGUGUCCGCUAUGUGUACCAGCCACUUGAGAAACUCUACAUGGUCCUCAUCACCACCAAGAACAGCAACAUCCUGGAGGACCUAGAGACACUCAGACUCUUCUCCCGAGUGAUCCCAGAAUACUGCCGUGUGUUGGAGGAGAGUGAAAUAUCGGAGCACUGCUUUGACCUCAUCUUUGCCUUUGACGAGAUUGUGGCAUUAGGCUACAGAGAGAACGUCAACCUGGCUCAGAUACGCACCUUCACAGAGAUGGACUCUCAUGAGGAGAAGGUGUUCCGUGCCGUCAGAGAGACUCAAGAGAGAGAAGCCAAGGCAGAGAUGAGGAGAAAGGCUAAGGAGCUGCAGCAGGCGAGGAGAGAUGCUGAGCGCUCUGGAAAGAAAGUGCCAGCUUUUGGCGGUUUUGGCAGUGGUGGCAUGACCAGCGUUUCAUCAGGGUCCAUCAUCACAGACACCAUCGUCGAGCCAGAAAAACCCAAGAUCACACCCACUGCAGUCAGGCCAAGUGGUCCCAGUAAGGCUCUGAAACUGGGUGCUAAAGGUAAAGAGGUGGACAACUUUGUUGACAAGCUCAAGUCCGAGGGUGAAACCAUCAUACCUGCCAAGGGAAAGAGAGGCUCAGAUGUAUCAAAGGUUCUGCCGCCACCAGUCAAUGUGGAGAGUGUACAUCUGCGUGUGGAAGAGAAGAUCUUGCUGACCUGUGGUCGCGACGGUGGCCUACAGAACAUGGAGGUGCUAGGCAUGGUGACACUCCGAGUCACAGAUGACAAGAAUGGUCGCAUUAGGCUCAUCAUCAACAAUAAUGACAACAAAGGAUUGCAGCUGCAAACACAUCCCAAUGUGGACAAGAAGUUGUUUACAGCAGAGUCAGUGAUUGGCCUGAAGAAUCCAGAGAAGUCCUUCCCUCUCAACAAUGACGUUGGUGUGCUGAAGUGGAGACUACAGACCACAGACGAGUCCCUCAUACCUCUAACUAUAAACUGCUGGCCUUCAGAGAGCGGCACUGGCUGCGAUGUCAACAUUGAGUAUGAGCUGCAGGAGGAGAGCCUUGAGCUGAAUGACGUGGUCAUAAGCAUCCCUGUCCCAUCUGGGGUGGGAGCUCCACUUAUUGGUGACUUGGAUGGAGAGUACAAACAUGACAGCAGGCGAAACAUCCUGGAGUGGUGCCUACCUGUCAUCGAUGCCAACAACAAGACCGGCAGCCUGGAGUUCAGCAUUGCAGGGCAGCCCAACGACUUCUUCCCUGUCAAUGUGUCCUUUGUGUCCAAGCGCAACUACUGUGACAUCCAGGUUACCAAAGUGACCCACGUAGAUGGCGACAGCUCCGUUAGAUUUUCUUCAGAAACCUCCUUUGUUGUCGACAAAUACGAAAUCCUGUAAAAGAUAUCCAGAAAACAACGAAAUUUAAAAAAAAAUUACCAACAAAAAAAGUCCUAUGCUACAAAGAAAGAUUGAAGAUUUCUUGCCUGCCCACCCUGUAUACUAUUUCAGAGACUGUGUACAUCGACAGGACUACAUCAGCUCCCUGGUGAGGCCUCUUCCUGUGGUGGAGCAGAGCAGCGGUGGUGUAUUUAUAUGUUUGUAUGAGAGAGGAUCAUCUAUAUAUAGAGUUAAUUGAACAGGUUAACACACAAAAAAAGAAAACUACACUGAUGCUGUUGUGUUAGCCAAGCAGAGCAGUAAAGAGAACUUCAUACAAAGUAGAGGAUGACUGUGGGGGGUGGGGUGAUGGUGGGGGUGUGCCCGGGUAAGGUCAGUGUCGACUAGAAAGAACGCUGGUAGAUAAGUAUCCUCCUCAAACCUUUUCCUCCUUCACACUCACAUUGAAAUGGUCUUGAAUGGGGUUCUUUCCGUCUUUCAGAUUUCCUUUUCUAUCCUCUCAAUCAUUAUAAACCUGUUGCUCUUAAAUUGUUAAAAACGUGAUUUGCUCUGUUGUAAUCUCACUUCAGAUGAUUUUUUUUUUGAAAACACUUUUUUCAAAGGUAGGACAUUAUUUCUUUGCUGAAAAGCAGAAUACAGCUCUGUACUAAACAUUUUCUCUGUUCUGUCUGCGAGUAUCAUCAGCAAAACUGUGCCCUUUUAUCUUUAACUUUGGUAUUUUUUACUGUUUGCUGUAUAAUUUGUUUAUUCUGUUGAUCAUUCACCUGAAUAUUGGAAUUUGACAGUGAGAUCGGGACGUUGUAAGGGAUUCUCAGCUGCAGGGCAAAGUUAACUACCAGUAAAUACAUUUGACUUUUGCAUCUAUUGGAUGAUGUUUUUUUUGUCACAUGAUAGCAACCACUCCUCACUUUGUCAAAAGGAAAUGCCAUGUUUCACUCUGCUCCAUUUAAGCCCUGCUGAUCAGGUCCCCGGCGGUAUAAAAAGCUCUUUGAGUGCGGCCCAGAAACAACACAUGAGCGCCUAAUCUGACAUCAGUCCAUCUCAAAAGGCGUUGUAGAUCAGAGAUGAGAGUGGAUGCAAGUUGUUAUGAUGGCACAUCAGUAGAGCAGGGAUCACAGACUGUUGGCCUGAUAAUCAGCCUGAUCCACGUCACACAUGAAGAAUGCAAGGGGGAGCACUAAAGUCUGCUGCCGAGCCGACGUCCCUGUUCAUCCACCCAGUCAUCCUUUACUGAACAUUCUCACAGUACAUCAACAUUAUUCAAAAUUUUAAGUUUUUUCAUGUUUUGUUUGUAUUUUCCUCCCAUUUGUACUCCCCAAAUCUCAAUUUAGGAAUGGCUGUGUGGAUGUGGGGUUGAAAAUGGCUAUUUUGAGCAUUUUUAACUAAAUUACUGAAGGGGAAUCUUUACAUUCCAGUGUACAAUUAGGGGAAAAAAAAGAAACUUUAAUGGAAUAAAAUGUAUUAUUGAAAA